AUGGCGGCGGCGGGGCCUAGGCUGCCCUGCAUCUGCAUGCGGAGACCCGGAUCUGGAGCGGCGGCUCCAUUGGCGAGGCACGGCAGGCUAGCAGCCGUGCGGGAGGUGGAUCCGGCGUCUCGGCCGCGCGGGCGGCGAGAUCCGGUGGUCAUUGGCGUCCUGCGGCGGCUCUUGCGGUGGCCGGUGCGCGCGAUCUGGUGCCUCUGCCCUCCUCCCCUGUUCGGCGUGCGGGGCAUCCUGGUCGGGCCGCGCUUUCUUGGAUUGCCGGUUUUGUGCAGGAGUUGCUGCUGGUGGUGGGGAUCUAGUUCAGGCGAAAUCCCUGUCCCCAUCUCCUCGCCGCCGCCGCCACCUCCUCCCCGUCGCCACCCCUCUCCCGAUCCCCACCUCCUCGUUGGAGGACAUGGACCGCGGGCUGUCCUCAUCGGAGGCGGCGGCGCGGCUACGCGCGCACGGCCCAACGAGCUGCUCAACCACCAGGGGCCCUCGAUGCUGCAGCUCGUGGCACAGCAGUUCGAGAACACGCUGGUGCGCAUCCUUCUCGCCGCCGGCGCCAUCUCGUUCGUGCUCGCACUCUUCUCGUCGGCCGGCGCGCUCAUGAUCUUGCCCUUCGUCGAGGCGCUCGUCAUCUUCCUCAUCCUCGUCGCCAAUGCCGCCGUCGGGGUCUGGCAGGAGACCAACGCCGAGAAGGCGCUCGAGGCGCUGCGCCAGAUCCAGUCCGACCACGCCGCCGUGCUCCGCGACGCCGAGUGGGAGCCCGCCUUCCCCGUGCGCGACCUCGUCCCGGGGGAUGUCGUCAUGGUCCGCGUCGGGGACAAGGUCCCCGCCGACAUGCGCGUCCUCAGGCUCGUCUCGUCGACCCUUCGGGUCGAGCAGGGGUCGCUUACCGGCGAGACCAACUCCGUCAACAAGACGGCCCACGCCGUGCCGGCCGACGACGCCGACAUCCAGGCCAAGGACUGCAUGGUGUUCGCGGGCACCACCGUCGUCAAUGGCAGCGCCGUCUGCCUCGUCGUGCAUACCGGGAUGGCCACCGAGAUCGGCAAGAUCCACUCGCAGAUCCACGAGGCCUUGCAGGAGGACGACGACACGCCGCUCAAAAAGAAGCUCAACGAGUUCGGCGAGACGCUCACCAACAUCAUCGGCCUCAUAUGCAUCCUCGUGUGGCUCAUCAAGGUCAAGUACUUCUUGACCUUCGAGCUCGAUGGAUGGGUGCCGAGGAACAUCCAUCCAUCCAUCUACAUCUAA